AGUCCAAGCAGAGCUGAUGAUAAACAUGUUGAUUUUAGGCUCUAAAGCUUCACUAUUUUUAAUGUUGCUUUUUAUCCUACAUGCUCAAAGAUUUGUUCCUGAUUAAUGUUUCUCAGCUAAGUUGUUGAAGAAUUCACCCACCCGUGACCUUUGUUUGGAAGAAAAAAUACAGGAAAGAUUUUAAUCUUUAAAUAAAGCUGCAGCACCACUGCAGAGUGGUAUAAACGCUACUGGCCGCCUUCUUGCUGAUCCCCAGCUCACAUCCUAACAGUACUAUGAAAAAGCCAGUGAACACAGUAGUGUACAACAAGAGCGAGACUGGUACUAGAUUUAGACAGUUCAACACAGUGGAAAUGAGUUAUGAGAAAGUAGAUACAGCGUCUUGUACCAGUCGGGUACAAAGUUGUACUGUGAUAAGCAAUGGAGUUUUAUUGAGAAAAUACUAAUGAGAAGUAAAUGCCUGCAGUGGAAAGUGUAGCAUCUGGUCUGCAUUUGACUUCACACAUGAAAGCUGUUUGGCCUGACUUCCUGCCAAAUCCCGCAGUUGCUGAGAUCAGUGGACAUGAAGGAGAUUGAACUCCCUAGGAUGAAGCAGGAAUCCCAGGUAUACUCGUUGGAGUCUCUGUAGAUGGUAAAGAAGUCUGGUCAGAAGGUUUGGGUUAUGCUGACGUUGAGAAUCGUGUAGAAUGCAAGCCGGAGACGGUCAUGCGGAUAGCUAGUAUUAGCAAGUGUCUUACAAUGAUGGCUGUUGCUAAAUUGUGGGAAGAGGGAAAGCUGGAUUUAGAUGCUCCAGUGCAGAAAUAUGUCCCUGAAUUCCCAGAAAAAGUCUAUGAGGGUGAAAAGGUUACUAUUACUACACGGCUGUUGCUUUCACACUUGAGUGGGAUUCGUCACUAUGAAAAAGAUAUUACAAAAGUAAAGGAAGAAAAGGAAAAGGCAAACAGAGCACUCAAACUAACAAAAACCUGUCAGGAUAAAGAACAAAAAGAAAAAGAAGGCAGAGGGACUGAAAAGACAGAGUCUGUCAAACCGAAGAAGGAUCGUGAAAGUGAGGUAAAAAGCCAAAAACCUGGCAGGAAAGACAAGGAAUUUGAUCAAGAAGAGUAUUAUUUGAAGGAAAAAUUUGAAAGUGUGAUUGAAUCACUGAAGAUAUUUAAGAAUGAUCCUUUAUUCUUUAAACCAGGCAGUCAGUUCCUGUAUUCAACGUACGGCUUUACUCUCUUAAGCGCUGUUGUGGAGAGAGUUUCGGGACAAAAAUUCACAGAUUACAUGCUAAAAAUGUUUCGUGAUUUGGAUAUGCCAUCAACCGUACUAGAUGACAAUGAAGCACUGAUAUAUAACAGAGCAAGGUGUUACGUGUACAACAAAAAGGGACGGCUGGUAAAUGCACCCUUUGUGGACAACUCCUACAAGUGGGCUGGUGGUGGCUUUCUGUCGUCAGUAGGUGACCUCCUGAAAUUUGGAAAUGCCUUGCUAUACAGUUAUCAAGCCGGACAGUUUAAAAACAAUAAUGGCCAACUUCUUCCUGGGUACCUUAAACCAGACACGGUCGCGAUGAUGUGGACUCCAGUGCCAAAAACGGAAGUAUCAUGGGACAGGGACGGUAAAUACGCAAUGGCUUGGGCUGUAGUAGAGAAAAAACAACAAUGUGGCUGUUGCAGGCAGCAGAGACACUAUGCGUCGCAUACCGGUGGUGCGGUGGGGGCAAGCAGUGUCCUCCUCAUUCUUCCCGAAGAGCUGGACUCAGAAGCUGUAGACACCGGGCUGGUGGCACCGCCUAGAGGAGUGGUUGUCAGUAUUAUCUGUAAUAUGCAAUCGGUGUCACUCAACAGCACCGCCUUAAAGAUCGCAAGGGAAUUUGAUAAAGAAAGAGGGGCACAAUAUACAGAGUAAGAAAAGAGAUAUGUGUAACUGAACUCACUGUAUUGAAAUGUGGAAAACAAAUGGAGAUGGGUGUAAUUGGGCUCCGAAAAUACUAAGAGUACAUCAAGAAAAAGCAUAAAAAUUUCACUUAAUUAACUUCUGCUAGUGGUGCUAAACUUAGGUGUAACUGGGAUUCAUCUCAGGGAAGUUCUUGACUUACAAAAAAGGAGAAUGUAACAGUCCACUUUCACUCCCUGUUAUACUUGUGUAAAUUACCGUUAUAUUAGCAGGCGUUUUUUCUCACCCGGUCAAGCACUGACCAAGAUUAAAACUAGCAUUGGUUUCUAGCACUGAGAAGUACAGCAAGCGAUCUACCUUAAAUGUUAAACUUUUGAAAAAUUUAACAUCU